AUGGCUCUCCAAACCUGGAUGGCCAGCGGUCGCGAAGCAGAGUCGGGCGAAGAUCUCUGGCGAAACUAUUCGACCCUGACGAGCGAUCUGUCUUAUAACCUAUGCGAGCAAUUGCGGUUGAUUUUACAGCCCACUAUGGCCACGCGAUUGCAAGGCGAUUAUCGUACAGGCAAACGGCUCAAUAUGCGCAAAAUCAUUCCGUACAUCGCUAGCGAGUACACCAAGGACAAGAUCUGGUUACGCAGAACAAAGCCUAGUCGCCGAGAAUAUCAGGUUUUGCUCUCUCUGGACGACUCGCGGUCAAUGGCGGAUAGUCGCUCGGUCCAUCUUGCUUAUCAGACCCUAGCCCUCGUGUCGCAGGCACUUACCAAGCUCGAAGUUGGCCAAAUCGGCAUUGCGAGAUUCGGCGAACACGUCGAGAUGCUGCACGACUUCAACUCCAACGCGUUCAGCGAUGCUGAAGGAGCCCGGAUCAUGAACACGUUUACAUUCCAGCAACACCGCACGGACGUGGCUCGUUUGGUUGACAACAGUCUGGAUGUCUUGGCAGACGCGAGGAGAGCUCAAUCUAGCUCGACGUCCGGUGACUUGUGGCAACUCGAGAUCAUCAUCUCUGAUGGGGUAUGUCAGGAUCACAACCAACUGCGCAAGUUGCUUCGACGGGCUCUCCAAGAGCGCGUCAUGAUCGUCUUCCUGGUCAUUGACUCGCUCAAGCCUGGGUCCGCAAUAACCGACAAUACUCCUCAAGCUGUGGCUGCCCGACCUUCGAUUCUGGACAUGCAAACGGUCGCCUACAAAGAGGUCAACGGCGAGAUGAAGAUUGAGAUGGAACGAUACCUGGACACCUUCCCCUUCGAGUAUUACGUCGUGCUUCGUGACGUUGAAGCUCUCCCGGAAGUCUUGUCGGAGACUUUGCGACAGUGGAUCGCCCGAGUCUCGAUGUCGGAAGAGUAG